GAGACAUCCGCCCACGGUAUGUUGAAGGUGUAAAAUUAUCAAUCAUCUCACCCUGGGGUUAGCUACAAUAUGAUACUUGCCUGUUUACCAUAUACUGGCUCUUGAAUCCCAGCGUGUAUUAUAUCAGAAUGUCUACCGACAACUAUUUGUCUAUAUCAAAAAUCAGGCUAACGAGCAACCCCCAUCUCCUUCCCUUGCCAUAUAUGCUCGAUGGGGCAAGAGCUGAUACUCAAAAUAUGGAUGAUAAUGAAACUGGGCUAGCGGUCACGUCUACAGUUACUUCUUAUUCACCGCAGCCUGACAAUACGAGUAGACCAGAAUUUGCAAUACGAUUAACAAGUUCCAGGCGCAGUAACGUCGAAGAAAGACUGGAAGAGGAUGAUGAUGAGCCUCCAAAAUCUAUUAUACAUGCACCCCCUGGCUUCAAUGACUUUGUGGGUAUUCCUUGCAUAUACGUUUAACGCCCAUGCAACAUGCUCUGCUAAAUUGUACCGAACGUAGAUUAUAUAUUCGCAACAGUCAUCAGGCUGCAUAGCUACAUCUCGAUCAGAUGGUUUUGCGGAUUCCGAGAGGGAAAGACACCAUA